CGUAGAAAUAGAUUCUAGUAUUAAUUCAGGGGUACUUUCGUAAAAAUGAAUCCCAGAGCUCUAUAAAUAUCACCCCCUCCUCCUUGUUUCUGGUUACAUUCUCUAAUACGACCUGCGGUACGAUUGCUGCUGCGAACGAUAAUUCCUCCCAACUCGAUCAGCGAUCAGCCUUAGGACACAGGAUAUGGGGAAACGUAAGUCAAGAGCAAAGCCCCCACCUAAGAAGAGAAUGGACAAGCUUGAUACUGUUUUUAGCUGUCCCUUCUGCAAUCAUGGGACCAGUGUCGAAUGUCGCAUUGAUAUGAAGAACCUGAUUGGGGAGGCCUCCUGUAGGAUUUGCCAAGAAAGCUUUAGCACAACUAUUACAGCCUUGAGUGAGGCAAUAGACAUAUAUAGUGAGUGGAUCGACGAAUGUGAGCGGGUCAACAACCUUGAAGACGAUGCUGCCUAGAGGGAUCAAUUGGGGGAGCAUGAAGCUUGGUGUUUUCCUAUGAAAAUGAAGCUGGCUAGUUCGAAUUUCCUUUUACGAACCUAAAUUAAGAGAGAGGGGGUCUUACUGGUAGGUAUAACAACACUGCCGCCCUCCACCCUCCACCCUCAUAGCGGUAUAGAAUAGACAAGUAUGUAUGUACAGUAGUAAUGUUGUAACGGCUUGCACUUGACUUUAUUACGUAUUUUCACGUAUGUGUAAUUUUCUUUUAAGUUUUUUAAAUCAAGAAUCUUGGAGUUGGUAAAGUUGUGUCGGAUGGAGAGUGAGUGGUCCUGAACCCUCCUUUAUUAUUGAAUAAUUCAAUGCUUAAUGUAAAUGAAAUGUUUAAGGAUGUUACAGAAUAUUAAUGGUUGCUAUUUCAUGCCA